AUGAGCCUCUGGCAUGAGUCGAACUGGACAGCCCCGCUGGAGUUCAUUAUCCUGGGCUUCUCAGGAUGGCCCUCAGGGGUGCGGGUGCUGCUCUUUGCUCUCCUCCUGCCCCUCUAUCUGGCCACACUGGCGGGGAACCUGCUCAUUCUGGGGCUGGCUCUGGCUGACCCAGCCCUACACACCCCCAUGUAUUUCUUCCUGGGGUCACUGUCCGCCGUGGAGGUGGCCUACACGCUGGUGCUGACCCCGCGCAUGCUGGCUGGCUUCCUCCUGCCUCCAGGGGGCCAGGCUGUGGCCCCCACUACCUGCGCAGCCCAGAUGGGCCUUUUUGUGGCCCUGGGGGGUUCUGAGUGCCUGCUGCUGGCUGCUAUGGCCCUCGACCGCUAUCUGGCCAUCUGCCGGCCCCUCUACUACCCUCAGAUUAUGACUACGGGGCUCUGCUGGCGCCUUUUGGUGUCCUGCUGCCUAGGGGGCUCGGUCCUGGCUGUGGGCCUGACCACGGUCAUCUUCCAGCUGCCCUUCUGCCGCGGGGGCCUGGUCAACCACGUGUUCUGCGACCUCCCAGCCGUGCUGCUGCUGGCAUGUGGGGAUCGAGCCCUGCAGGAGCAUGUGCUGCUGACUGCCUGCCUGCUACUGCUGGUGCUGCCGCUGGUGCUCAUCCUCCUCUCCUACACGCGGGUGCUGGUGGUCAUCCUGGGUGUGGGUAGUGCUGCCGGCCGCCGCAAGGCCUUCAACACGGUGGCGUCGCACCUCACUGUGGCCGUGCUGCACUAUGGCUGUGCCACGGCCAUGUACUCUCGGCCCCUGAGCAGCCGUGACCUGGAGGAGGACAAACUGGUGUCACUCAUCUACAUUAACAUCACUCCACUGCUCUACCCCGCCAUCUACACGCUGCGGAACAGGGACAUGCAGGGCGCACUGCUGCGUGUACUGGGUCACAGGACCUCGGACCAAGAUGAUGAUACCUAA